CCUAGUUUGUUGCUGCAGAUUAAUUCAGUGAUAUUUAUACCUUACCCAUCAAGCAAGACGCAAGUCACAAGUGCAUCGGAUAGUCUGUCGACUAGCAGGCGCGAUAACAAGCCCUAGUGGUUGCAGGAACCGGUGUAAUAAGGGUGUAGUGGGGGGCACUCGCCCCGAUUGUGGAGCUGUUAAAGCUCAUGGAGCUACCAUAAAUUAUGCAAGUUGGUCAAGUGGGGAAGAGCUGAGUCUUAAGAGUGUUAGGACUUUUUUUCUGAUCACGAAAAACGAAAGGGAUACGGGGGUUCAGCAAUGGCCAGAUUUAGAAAGAAAGCAUGUGUUGCCCUCUUUCUCUUCACUCUCUUUAUUUUUGGGACAAUGAUGGGCCUGCGGACGCUGAAACCCAGUGAUGGCUUUUCGGAUCUGGCCCCAGGGCUGGAGAUGGUACCCUUUCUAGAGCGGAUGGACAGGCGUUCUGUUUCCCAGGAAGCUGGGAUGUUGCCACAGCCUCGCGCUGUGGCCGCUCCUGGGACCACCAGAGCUUCACACCCGAGCGCUGCAGACUCCCCAAUGUAUUACGAUCUUCAUAUAUUUUAUUACAUGUGGUAUGGGAACCCUAGAUUCGAUGGAAAAUAUUUACACUGGGAUCAUGUGAUGGUGCCCCACUGGGACCCCAAAAUUGCUGCUGGUUAUCCAAAAGGAAGGCACAACCCCCCUGAAGAUAUUGGCUCUAGUUUUUACCCAGAGCUGGGCGCCUACAGUUCCAGAGAUCCAGAUGUCAUUGAAGAACACAUGAAGCAAUUGCAAGCAGCAGGAGUUGGGGUUUUGGUUUUAUCCUGGUACCCUCCUGGCAUGGCUGAUGACAAUGGAGAACCUCAUGAAGAUCUGGUGCCAGCCAUCUUAGAUGCUGCCCAUCGCCAUAACAUAAAGGCAGCCUUCCAUAUCCAGCCAUAUAAAGGACGCAAUGACCGUACGGUGUAUGACAACAUUAAAUAUAUAAUCAACAAGUAUGGAUCGCAUGGAGCAUUUUUUAAGUAUAAGACAAGUACGGGGAGAACUCUGCCAAUGUUCUACAUUUAUGACUCUUAUUUAACGCCUGCUGAUUCCUGGGCCAACCUGCUAACAAUCUCUGGUUCCAACAGCAUUAGAAAUACUCCGUAUGAUGGAAUAUUCAUUGCAUUGAUAGUAGAAGAACGACAUAAGCACGACAUUCUUUCAGGCGGUUUUGAUGGAAUGUACACAUACUUUGCUUCAAAUGGAUUCUCUUUUGGGUCCUCACACCAGAACUGGAAGGUCAUUAAAACAUUUUGUGACACCAACAAUCUGAUGUUUAUUCCAAGUGUUGGACCAGGCUAUAUAGACACAAGUAUUCGCCCUUGGAAUAAUCACAACACGAGAAACCGAGUCAAUGGGAAAUAUUACGAAACAGCACUUCAAGCAGCCCUUAUGGUUAGGCCAGAGAUUGUGUCCAUCACUUCUUUUAAUGAGUGGCAUGAAGGUACCCAGAUUGAGAGGGCAGUUCCCAAAAAGACAUUGACACGUUUGUACCUGGACUACAUGCCUCACCAACCUAACUUGUAUUUGGAUCUAACACGGAAGUGGGCAGAACAGUUUAGCAAAGAAAAAGAACAGUGGCUGAUGUGAUGCACUGUGUAGAAAAUAUUUUUUUUGUUCUGCUUCUUCUCAGGCCAGUGCCCUUUGUGUUUUUUAUCUGCACAAUGCAUACUCUCUGGGCUAGCAAUGCGCAGUAGAAAUUGAUGUGACUUUAUUAAAGCAUUGAGGUACAUCUAGCUCACCACAAACUGUUUCAAGUUAUAGUUAAACUUUUGAAUCAGGACAGUCUCAUGUCUGGGCAAAAAAAAAUAAUUUCCUUAACUGUAUACAAACAUUCAGUAAUGCUAUCCGGUGGAACUCUACAUCACUGAAGUAAAUGUAGGACAAAUUAAAAUUAAAAACAAGUAUUUUUAUGAACAGCAUUUAAUCCAGAUAUAAGAGUCAAGAAAUAAAAAAAGACAACAUUAUUGCUGUGCCUGUUUUAAGUAAUUCCUCCGACACCAUCCAUAAUGGUAUAGUGUUUCUUGGGGUAUUUCAGUAACCACUUUGAAGAUUUUUGAAAAACAAGUAAUAAUACUCCACAUCAGAAUACAAAACCAUUCCUCCUGUUGACCGUUGCUUUGAAGAUGAUUGCUGAUGUCAGCUACAUCACUGGUGGCACAGGACAUGAAUUUGGGGAGGGGGGUCAUCUGUCUUUCUCUUCUGUUCUCUCCCACUAUCAUAUUGAUUGACUAGAUUGUCUUCUACAUGUACUGUUCUCAGCAGUUUUUCCAUCUGGAAUCUAAUAAUAUUCUAAGUAUCUAAUUUUUUUAUUUUUUAUUUUGCUGGUUUAGUAAUAAAAAUCACUUCAGCCAAUGUAUAAUUGCUUUGAUUUUGAUAACUAGACCAGGUCAUGAAAUCUACACAUGUGAAACAUUUCAGAUCUUUUGCUGAUUUGGGGUUAGUGCAGAAAAAAGCAGAGUAUUUCUGACUAAACAUGUAGGUACCAGAUACUACAUUAUUUUCUGUUGAUUCGAUCAGCACUAGUUGCACAGCUUGUAAAAAUUACUUUGUUUAAUAAAGGAAUAUUUCUAUGGAGAA